AUGGCUGAUGUCUAUACCGGUGCUCGCGAAAUAAAUCCUGGCACUGAGAUGAAUGGAAACGGUGAAAGCCGCCCUCAGGUCCCCACGUGGUCGGUCGCCAAUGCGAAGGAAGCGAAACCUCAAAUCAUUGAACGUUCGGACGAACCUGAAGUUUCGAAGCCCGAAGCGAAAGUCGAUGCGGAUCUCUCUAAUGGAAGCCAUACCGCCUCAGCAGACGCAGAUGCCCAGUCCGACAUCGACGAGCUGCUCACAGGCGGCGACGCUGAACCGGAGCCUCCCCGCUAUGACGGCGAUUUUGACAUUGAGAGACACGAUUACUGGUGGAACCUGCUUGACAUGGAAAACCCACGACAUGCCAGGGCUUCCAAGGGUAUGCGCUAUGGCACGGAACGUAAUCCUAGAUGUGAUACGUGCGAGCGACAGAACAGAGCGUGCAUGACGCGGCCGAAUAGCCACGACAAAACUGGAUGUGUUCGGUGCUCGUACACGCAGAGUGGCUGCUCGCAUGCUAGAGAAGCCAGAGAAUCACAUCAACAACGAACCGGCUUUCCGCUUCUCAAGGUUGGCAGUGCCCGCAAGCGCGAUGAUAUGGAUGAUGAAGAUUCCCGCAGUCCCCCAGCUGAGCUUGCCGCCAAGCGUCCACGCCUUUCCAGCUACAGCGGUGGUUUCUCAGGAGACGGCAGACUCUCGAACGCCACUCCGUCGCGCCCUACUUUCGACGCUCCUCCUUCAGUCAACGGACGCCAUUAUUCUCCGGUCAAUGUGCCAGGCUCUAUUCCAGAGAGGGAACGAAACGGCGCGAAUGGCGACAGCGCACGCUCUGCUCGGCACGAAAUGGACGCUCGCCAGUAUUACGAUUCCCACGAUUCAAGAAACGACGACAGAUAUCAGAAUCACGACCGCUAUGAGGUGUCUGCUCGCGACAUGAACAAUCUGUUCAAUCUGGUCGACAAACUCCAGCGUGAAGUUAGGACACUUCGUAGCAGACUUGACGGCAUGGAGACCCGCGUCGACAACAUUAGUGGAGCAGUCGACAUCUACAGGCCGUAG